AUGCCUUGCCAGAUCCCUUCAAUCGUCUUGGCCACCGUUUGGCUCUGCUCUAGCUUCGUGGCUGCUAGUCCUCAAAAACCGCUUCUGAAAGACUUUGACGCGUUGGGCGCCUGGUAUGAUGAAGUAGCUUCCAUCAACACCACGUCUAAUCCACAAGAUGUCGAGAAAGCCAAGAACACCUCCAUCGCCAUUGUUGGUGCUGGCAUCACCGGUCUAGCCACUGCCCUGAUGCUAGACAGUGUAGGUUUGCGCAAUUGGGAGAUACUCGAGGCGAGCCACCAGGUUGGUGGACGCCUAAGAACCCUAUACGUCGGCGGCACCCACGAAUGGGCAGAGAUGGGCCCCAUGCGCCUCCCUUAUAAGAUCAAGUACAAAAGCGACAAUGCGACGCUUGAGUACACCGACCAUGCAAUGACCUUUCAGCUGGCUGACUGGAUCAAUGAGCUGAACAAAGACAGCCAGGAUGACCUCCAGGUUAACUUCAUCCCCUGGAUCCAACAUUCGCCCAACGAGCUUCUGGCUCUUGGCACGGGCAGACAUCCGGAUGGCAGAAUCCCCACGCGUGCCGAGAUCGCCGCCAACUCCAGCCUUGGCAAGCCAGCACCGAUGGACACGCAGGAGUACAAAAACACCAAGGCAAGGAUGAGCAGCAUUCUUGCAAACGAGAAAACGCUCAGAGAGAUCCAGCAGGACGUGUGGAGAGUACACAGCCGCGUCAUGAAAGAAGGGCUCGACGACAUCAGCCAGCAAAACAUGUUGCAUAACAUCUGGAACGUGAGCCCCGAGGUUGCAGCCGCCAUCCAUGGCGCGACUGACUAUGACGUCUUCUGGGAUGAGAUGCAUCACAACUCGAACCUGGCGCAGGAUGGCAGCAAGGGCGCUCUGGGAGAGACGGAGUGGCGGUGCGUGGAUGGAGGCUUCAGUCGCUUCUCAACGGCCAUUCUUCCACACGUCCGAGACCGCCUUAUCCUGAACCGCCAGGUCCGAGGGAUCGAAGAAAUCAGGAAUGCACAAGGCAACACCACAGGCACGAGGGUAUCCUGGGUCGACGUUGACGUCAACAGAACCCAGACUAAGCCCCAGCCUCAACAGACCAAAUCCUAUGACUACACCAUGCUCGCUGUCCCCUUCACCAUGACACGCAUGAUGAGCCUGCCGUCCUUCUCACCAACCCUCUCGUGGGCCAUGGCCGAGCGCGGCCUCCGCUUCAAAGACGCCUGCAAGGUCGCGCUCCUCUUCAGCGAACGCUUCUGGGAGCACGGCGAGCGCCCCAUCUUCGGCGGCUACUCGACCCCUCCCGAUGCCGCCGUCGGCGCCCUCUACUACCCGGUCUACGGCCUGAACGAGACGGGCCGCCCGGGCCUCAUUCUGCACUACCGCGGCGGCGACUGGAGCAGCCGCCUUACGAGCCUCAGCGACGAGCAGCACGUCGGCAUGGUCCUCGACGCCGUAGCCUCGCUGCACGGCGAAGGGGUGCGCGACCUGUACACAGGUCACUUCGAGCGCCUGUGCUGGCUCGACGAGCCCUUUGUCGCAACGGCGUGGACGCGCCCGGACGUUGCGCAGCACGCGCUCUUCAUCUCGGCGUACCACCGGACCGAGGCCAACGUCAUUGUGCUCGGCGAGCACACGGCGCCCACGCACGCCUGGGUCAGCUCCUCGCUGUACUCGGCCGUGCGUGGCGCCGUGCAGCUGCUGCUCGAGGUCGGGCUGAUCGACGAGGCGAAGGAGCUCAACCAGCGGUGGAUGGGGCGGUGGACACAUGCGGAGUAG